CGGUAUCUUCGACUCCCACAGUCCCACACGGUAAAUCCCGUUUUCCGUGAAUGUGAUACCGCGACAACGGCCGCCGCUCCGCUCCCGCCUGUCCCCAGGAUGUUUUUAAAUAAUAUAAUAGUGAAGAAAAAAAAUUGAAAAAAUUUCAAACGCAAUACACACUAGAAUUUACAAUUUCCUUUUUUUUCCCCACCCCCAACUGGCUUGUGAUUUUGAACGCGACGCACAAAUCCCUUCACCGAGCGUUGAUUGCAUACAUUUUUAUCCACCCGGUUCUCGACUUGACACGGAUAAUAAAUAAAUAUGUCUAAAUGCGGCGGAUGAUUGACCCCCAGAAACUUUUGAAUUCCGCCCGACCAUGGUCAUGCCCGUGUGGAAGCUUUGGACCCGUCUGCAGUCGCACAAGUCCAGAGGCCGACACGAUGGCGAAGACGACACACUGCCGCUGGACAUUGUAUCGAAACCCAGAGAGUCGCUGAAGAGAAUACUGUCUAGUCUGAUCCAAACUCAUGGGCUUACUGACUUUAAAAAGCUGAGUCUGUUAAACACUCUCGUCAAACUCUUGUCCUCGGUGGACUCUGGUGAAAACAACACCGAAGUAUUCGGAUUCACCACGUCCGAUAUCAUGUGCUGUCUUACACCGAGUUUGCUGAGCGAUAGUUCGGAUGUUCGAGCUGCCGGAUUAAGAGCGAUCCGCCACUGUAUCAAAAAACCCGAAAACGUAACUGCACUUGUACGCUUACGUUUGACGAUACUUAUAUGCAGGAGCUUAGAGCUGUUACUCGAUAACGAAAACGAGCGCUUGCAAGCAUUGCGAAUCAUUCGUAAAUCGUGUACAGUCUGCCCUCAACAGUUUCCAAAAGCGUUUACUCAUUCGUUAUCAGCUAUUGCGAUGUGUUCACACGGUCCAUCCAAAGACCAAUUGCAUAGAGCGUGUGUCGCGACGCUAUGCGAGUUAUGUUUGUUGAAUCCUCAAGCUUUUGUGGCCGGAUGUGGUUUGAAAGCAUUACGCCACGUCCUUAUUACUUCGGAACUACCGUUGCGAAUGUCCGAAUGUGUUUUGGGCACAUUACUUUGGAUGUUAAAUAACCCGGACACCAGGAAAUUAGUGUCUUUCGAUUUCAGUCAACUAGCUUCCUUUUUCACCGAUUUCAAUCCUAUUUCAAAGUCUGGCGAAAAAAGCUCAACCGGUGAAACAGCUCACGGCACUUUAGUGUCGUUGUUGCGUUCUUGGAUUGGGGUGUUAUAUUUUUGUGACCCAUCGAACGACAAUUCAAAAAGUGGUUUAUCUUCCAUCAUACGUGCAUUACACGUACAAAAUCCCACUACCAGAAUUUCUAUUAUUAAUCUCUUGCGUGAAGUUCUCGGAUUCUGUCCUGCCGAAUGGGCUGACGAUGUGGACACAGCUCUGGAAUCCGUCAAUCCGUAUAAAUACCGAGAGAAGUUUAGUUUGAAUAGUGGAUAUGUUUAUUCCGAAGCAAUGGAUCUUUUACCGAGUUUAAGCAGCAAAAGGUUGAACUUAGUCAAUUUACCUCGUUCACUUUUGGUGAGUUGCUUGUUAGAACUCAAACUGGAUGAAGCUCUUGUCCAAGUGAUUCUUACUUCUGAUAACAUGCUGUCCAUGCAAUCGACUAUUCUUCUCGGGGAGUUCCUACAUUUGGCCGAUAUUAUAGUUCCAAAUAAUAGAAAACCAGUUCUCUCUGAUCUAAUAGCUUACGCUUUAGAAGGAAGACCACCGUUAAAACAUGUGAACGACAAUGUAUUAACGGAAGCAUACGAUCAAGUGUUGUGUUCCUCGGAAGAUCGUUUGAUCUUCAGUCCUAUAAACAACGUUCAACCAGAAAAGUCUGAAAUAAUGGUGGGCGACGAUGGUAAAAAAAAUAACGCAAUGUCCGCCAUAUCUACAUUGGCGAAAUUGUAUAAAAUCCUCACCCAAGAGGCUUCUCCGGCCACCAUCGGCAUGUAUCACGCGAAAAGUUUGUUCGGUCCGAAAAUCAGUAUGUUGCGAUUUGUUUCUCAUAAAAAACAAUCUAAAUACAAAGCAACACAGUGUAUAUUAACCAAAGAGUGUGAAGACUUUGUUAAAGAGUCCGGAGUGUUAAUCGUCAAGGAAGCGGUGGCGUGGAAAUGGGAUCCCAUACGUUCCGCUCUCAAGACUAGAAUCAAAGACGUGAACAAACUGGACGAUAUGUGUUACAAUUUAUUUAUUCAAAGACUGAUCGAGUAUUUUAAACCGUCGUCAAAGAUGUACGGCGACGUAGAACUUCGUCCCGAGGUUCUGCCAUUAAAUUUAUUUACAUUAGCUUCGUUCGACUUGAUCGACGACCUGUUGGAUGCUCCACACGAAAGCGGAGAGACUUUUCUGAACAGCUUAUUGACUGAUAUUUAUCAACAACUAGAAGCGUUAUCGACCUCCAACUAUUCAUACAGCUGUUACUUGAACCCACAGCGCUUAGCCAUUACUUUAAGUCAACAUUACUUCUUAAUGCUCGGACGAGUAAGUUCUUCUGAGCGAGGGCGAUAUUGUUUGGAUAAGACAAAAAUAUUUCCAAUGUUAUUGAAUAUUGCAGUAAAUACUCAUUUGUGCUGCUAUGUCAAGCUCAUCGUCUCUUGCUUGGAUUAUACAAAAGACUCGUUUCCUAGAGUAUUGUUGGGCCGUGUACUUUCCUGUUCUCAACAAAAAUCCAGAUUGUACGCCACGCGUUUCCUACGGACCUUACUGCGAUUUAACGCUCUUCGUGCCGAGGAUCCCAUGGUAACUGGCUUGUGGAUUCUCGAAUUGCUCAUAUCUCAAAUUAGCGACGACAACCCAGUCGUUUCUAUGGCAGCUCUGGAAGCUGUCGACGAAGCUUGUGAUUAUAAAGACUACUUGAAGAUUUUAAUCGGAUUAAGACCCAAUGUUCUCCAUAAUAGCGAUCAGGGUCUACUGAUACUAGUACGUUUUUUGUCCGAUCCGGCCGGCUAUAAAUAUCUGUCAGAUUCCAGUUUCGUCAUGAAUCAGCUGCAUAAUUGGGGUACUCAUUUUAACUUGAGGUAUGUGUUGAUAAUAGAAGGCGAACUACAUGAUCAACUAACCCUUCAUCAACGUCACGAGGACGGCCACUACAAGACAAGACUCUCCAGUGACAUGUCGAGAAAUCAAAUACCUUGCAUACGGCAACCGCCGCAUCUCUAUUCGCAAAUGGCAAUGCACGACGGCGGAUUUCAAACCUUGACCAGAGACGUUUAUUUUCGGAACAUAAUUCAAAUAGUUCUCGGCACCGCUCAGGACAAUCCCAUUGACCAGUUGCAUUUAAAGGCGGCGAUAUGGGCCGUCGGCCAUUUCGGUAGCGUUGUUCAAGGGGCUUGUUAUUUGGCGAGCAACGGUGUCCUGGAAGUCAUGUGUAAAAUAGCCACUUACCAUUCGAUUUAUUCGGUAAGAGCGACCGCUCUGUACGCGCUGUCGUUGAUUAGCGCCAACCGAUCCGGAGCCAAGCAUCUACGAGCGUACGGCUGGAAUGUCUUGAGCAGAGUCUUCUUGGAAGAAGAUUUUUAUAAAGUCAAAGACAAACGUGGAGGCGAUACUAAUCUAGCAGGGACCACGCCUUCUGAAAGUUCACACGGAAUCGUAAGCGAAUGGGUGGACGACAUGUGGGAUCCCGGUGUACACAGUAGAAAGAAGUGGUCUACCUUACCGGCAAGCAGCACGUCCUGGUCCAGAUAUCAGCACCAUUUAAGGAGUUUGAGCGAAGCCAAAACGACAGAUAACAACGAUGGCGCUCAUCCCGAACAAUCAACAUCGCCACCAGAUCAUUUGAUCUACUCUAGUUAUCGGUUGAGAUCGGAUAGUAGCUGUACAGUUGACAGUAGUACUAGCGGUGUCAGUUCUGGCGAGUCUGGAUUCGGUACCCGACACACAGACUUCAGCUUUUACCAUGAUCGACAUCAAAAGUUAAGUCCUAUACCCAGUUCGAGUUCGUUGUCGACACUUCCAUUGGGACCGCCUAAGUUUUCUCCGGAUUCAGAGGGUGCCAAAUUGCCGAGAAGGAAUUCUUUUGGUUAUAGGACACUGAAGAUGCUACAAAGAGGAAUGGGCAGAAAAACUUCACGAAGUAUGACCAUGCAGCCACAGUCGUCUGCUGCCGAUAUGUUUGACAUGCUUGCCGAACACGAAAUGGAUCGGAUGUCUCCGUUAGUACGACCUAGAGAAUUCAGGCACUCGUUUAGCGCAAACCAUUCGCCGUACGAGUUUGAAUCGGUCUCUUCUUGUUCUUCGAGCAAAAUAUGUCAUCAUUCGGCUAAAGAUCAGUUUAACGAGUCCUUUUAUGGUGGGGUCGCAUUGCCGUCAGAUCUAAGUACGCUUUUUUUUAAUGUAGACAAAGAACCGGAACCCGUUCCUACGCCGGACUACGAAGACUCUUCGUCCUGCUUCAAACACUUGUCUACAGGUUCAGAAGCACUCAGUACCGACGAUUCAGAUACCGAAGAAGUAGCAGCUGACCCGUUACCCGUUCGAAGGCAACGUAGCCAUAAUCGUGCGUUGUGUAUGCUGUGUUCGGUUAAUGAACACGCUAAUCGGCCUACUACGAGAAAUCGAAAGGUGUCGUCCAGUUCUUUGAGACGAUGUCGAACAGAGACUGAAAGCAGUUAUGGCAUUGGUGUGGAAGGUGAGAGCCCUAUACUUCUGCCUUGGCAACAUAAUAAGUCAUCGUGUCUGCACGAAGCUUCGGGGUUCGGUACGGGCAGUAACGAAAGCGGAGCGAGCUCCGAUAUCAGUAGUCUAGCUCAGAGGUCUACUUUGGCGGACAGGAUAACAAAAAGCCAUUCGGCUUUAAGACGUGACAUUCUAAAACUGGUCGAACAGUUACCCAAUCCUGUUUUGUAUAAAACGUCCACCCAAAGUCUGUUACAAAUGAAACAAAUGUACAGCGACUUAUUCCAUGAUAUAUGUGUCUACUCUGAUGUUUGCAAUUUAUUGGCCGAACACCAUUAUCACAUCCAAGCUAGGCGAUAUAUGCAUGAACUCUUCUUGGAUGCUCCGUUCAAGGAGUUGUACGAAGAACCGGCGACAAUAAUUGCUCGACAGAGUCCACUCGACACGUCGAGUACAGAUUGUGUUGGCAAUGAAGAGGCGGACAAGUCGCAUGGAGGCGAUAGUGAACUCGAAGUAAUUAUGGAGGCUGAAAUGGAACAUAGAAGAAGAUCGUCCGAAGUCGCAGUCGAUUGGAAACCUCCGCCUACUAGACAUCGUAAACAAACGAUCUAUGAUUCAUCUAACCAACGAUUGCAGGAAUAAAGAGAGAUAAAAAAUUGAGAAUUAGGAGGUAUAAAAAAAAAUGUAUUGUUUUG